GUUACAUGUCUGGCUGAGGAGAUUGGUGAAAUCGAAUUUAUCUUCCGCGUCCUGGUCUACGGUGGACAACCAAUAUUGAUCAGGAUGUCCGGUGUUGUGGUCAUGCCAAAAUUGGAAAUUUUCCCGCAAAUUCUGAACUUCGCAGGUGUAUUUUUGGGUUCCCAUUCGGAAUUAAAUAUGAUGCUAAAGAAUACGGCGUCGGUAAAAAUGCAAGUAACCUUCGAUCUCAACAAAUAUGGCGACUUUUCGAUAAAGGAGGUGGAGGAAACCCAAGAUAUGUCAACUCAUCUGGCACAUUUUGUUGAACAUGGAGCAAAAACGAUCACACUGGCCCCAAUGCAAGCAAAAGAGGUGGCUACGACAUUUAGGCCCACAGAGGUGGCUUGGUACGAUUUCAAACUGCCAAUGAGCGUUAACGGAAUCCGUGUGAUUGAUGAGAAAGUCCCCACAGUUAUUAACACCAAUGAGGUCGGGAAGACCGUUGGCAACCCACAUCUGAACAGGAUGCCGUCCAUUGCCGGCAGCAGUCAAUGUGUCCUACAGGCGACAGCUCUUCGGGCACCUAUCGUUCUGCAGCCGUCGGACGGGACUUUGAAAGUUAAUGCAACGUUGGGUGCUUCGGGCGAGGUCCUCAGCGAGCGUGACCAACUUACCGGGGUGAACAUCGUGAUGGUUUAUCAUGAAUACGUGUUUUUCUCUGUUCUUGUGACAUUUAAGCUGCAAAGUGCAACUUCAGACGUUGUGGAAUGGUCGCUGGACUGCACGAAGCUUUCUAUCAAACCAGCCUCCAGAAGACCAAAUAUACAGAUCCGCGUCGCGGACUCAUCGAUCUUCGUAAAGGAGGAAACGGCGGAGAAAAACAGAAUAUUUCGAGGGAAAUUUCAGGAAAAGGAGGAAUUUGCAACCUUUCAAGUAACUCUGGUUCCAGGUAUACCGCCAGAUAAAUUAGCGUUUUCCUCCACAGCGUUGGCGGAACUCGCUGCGAUGGACGUUGAGGUGCCUGUGACCCUGAUCGGUGAGGACAUCGACGUGCCCAUGACCGUGACCUCGUUUUGGCCAAAGCUCUCCAUGACGUUUGACCAGGCCAGCCUUCCCCGCACACGGAAGGCGGUCCUCUCGGAGGCGAUAACAACCGCUGGCCUUGGCCCAAUCGACUGCCCCUUCACUGUGGCCUAUCCGGAUGGUCAAGGUAUGUAA